AUGGCUGCUCCAGCAUCUAUUAAUAUCAAGAAUCUCCAAGGAAAAUGGGUCAUGAACAAAAGCCUCUCUGAUGCCUUCGACCCCGUCCUCUCCCUCCAAGGUAUCGGCUGGCUUACCCGAAAGGCCCUCAAUGCGGCCACCGUGACCCAGCACCUGAAGCAGCACACGGCCGAGGACGGCACCUCUACACAGAUUGACAUCGACCAGCUCGUUUCCGGCGGUCUGAAAGGCAGCUCCGAGAAGCGCCCACUCGACUGGCAAUGGCGCGGACACUCCGACUGGCUGUUCGGUACCCUCAAUGGUCGCUCGCGAUACACCACACUCGCUUCUGUGCUUGAGGAAGCAAAGGGAAAGGGGGCUACAGAGGAAGACGCCAAGUACCUGGCCGAAGGUUGGCUGAAGGAGACAGAGGAAGAGGGGGUGGUGGAGAGCUUUGUAGACAAUGAGGGCAACAAGUGGACUGGGUGGCAGAUUUGGGGAUUUGCUGAAAUUGGCGGGGAGAGGAAAUUUGUGCGGAGGGUUGUGGUGAGGAAGACAGACAAGAACGAGGCGCAGAGGGUGAGGCUGGUGUACGACUAUGCUGGAGAGUUGGCCUAG